CCUUUAGUUAGUUUGAGUGCAUACCCUACCGGAAAUCGGGAACCGGAACACUCUGCUGGGUGGGUGAUUUGGAAGAUUGUGAAUCAGCAGUAGCAACCGAGACAGAAAGCGGCAACCGGUGACAUUGCAACCGCCGAGACGACCGGUACAAGCAGACAACCAACGCACAACAAUAAAAUUAAGGUAGCCAAAGUGGACAACAUACAAACAACAAACGACGAGGGAAAGGAGAGUGAACAGGAGAAAAAUCACUUAAUUCGCACAGGACAAUAAAUAAACUGGAUUCUCAGAUUGCGCUCUGGACUUCAAUUUGAAAAGAUGCGACCCAAAAGGGACACCAUCACGUUCCAGCUGCUGCUACUGCAGCUGUUGUGUGGUUGCGCCGUGGUCUUAGGCCAUGGUCGGCUGAUGGAACCCCCGGCUCGGAAUGCCAUGUGGCGCUUCGGAUUCCCCAACUCGGUCAACUACAACGACAACGAGCUGUUCUGUGGAGGAUACGCCGUCCAGUGGGAACAGAACCAGGGCCAGUGUGGAGUGUGCGGCGAUGCGUACCAUCUGCGAAGUCCCCGGCCGCACGAAGCCGGUGGAGAGUUUGGCAAGGGUAUAAUUACACGGAGGUACUUUGCCGGGCAGGAGAUUGACGUGGAGAUUGAGCUGACGGCGAACCACAUGGGGCGGUUUGAGCUGUUCCUGUGUCCGAACAACAAUGCAUACUACGAGGCAACGCAGGAGUGCUUCGAUCGGUACCCGCUCUAUUUGACGGGGACGAGCGAAGUCCGCUAUACGAUUCCUCCGGAGUCGGGCAAGAAGGAAAUCUUCCGGUACCGGGUGAAGCUACCUCGCCGGGUGACCUGCACCCAGUGUGUUCUGCAGUGGACCUACUACACGGGGAACAUGUGGGGCCGGUGUGACAACGGAACGGAAGGAGUGGGUUGCGGAAAGCCGGAAACGUUUAGGAACUGUGCGGACAUUAGCAUAGUGUCGGCGACCGGAGGCGGAAUCCCGCCACUGUUUGUGGAGAGCAAGAAUCCGUUCCUCUUGUACUACAGAGACUUCCGCGCCCCGGAACCGGACAAUGUGUUCCCGCUUGUUAUUCGCGAUCAAGUGUGCCUCCCAACUAGGGCCUAUCGUGUCUUCAUCGGUAUGGACGACUGGUGCCAGAGCAAUUGCCUUCGCUAUCCGCCUAACUGUCCCGAAUCGGUGUGUCACUGCCCCCAAACCUGCGAAGCCAUCGGCGAAAUCGAGGGCCGCGAAGGAGCCGACGUGUACUGUAUGGACGAGUGCCUGACGUACAAGUCCAAGUGCCCAACGGAUCGGUGUCGCUGUUACUAGAUUUGCGCUGUUUUCGGAGAAGAGAAAUGGAUCACGAA